UCCAAAACACAAACAAGGACAACAUAAACUAUACAACAUUAGCACAUAUUUUAGUUACCAACCCCAUGAUUCCUAGUAGUUAUGCACUGAAAUAAGAACAAAAUAUUAGCAGUAAUGCGUCCCAAUCACCAACACCAAUUCAACUUUGAUCCCUUCUUGCCCUAUAUAAAGCAAUCAAAAUAAGACAAGAACUCCACACAUGUACACAAAAACACCCUCAAAACAUACACCUAGUACUAUGGCAACAAGAACAAUCUUAACCCUUCUCUUUGCAUCAAUUUUGGUCUUUUCUCCGGCCGUUUCCGGCGGUUCCAGUGCUGCAAUAAAGGCUUGGUGCAGCCAAACUCCAAACCCACAACCCUGUGAGUAUUUCUUCACACAUAACCCUAAAUACAAAGUCCCGAUCAAGAAUAAGUCAGACUUCUUUAAGCUGUCGACUCAGCUGGCCCUCGAUCGUUGCAUGCACGUGCAGAGCAAUCUGCACUUGCUCGGCCCAAAAUGUCGUAAUGAGCGUGAAAAGGCGGCGUGGGCCGACUGUGUCGAGCUAUACGAGCACACAAUACAUAAAAUCAACACCACCGUUGAUCCUAACACAAAGUGUACCCCGGCCGAUGCGCAAACAUGGCUAAGCACAGCCUUGACCAAUCUCGAGACAUGCAAAUCGGGGUUCGUUGAUUUUGGCAUCACGGAUGACUACAUGUUUCCCAUGAUGUCGAACAACGUUAGUUUGUUGCUGAGCAAUACCCUAGCCCUGAACAAGGGGCCAUACGCUAACGGGCCAGCGGGGAGUUACAAAGAAGGGUUUCCAAGUUGGGUGAAGCCUGGUGACAGAAAGUUGCUGCAGUCGUCGACACCGACGGCGAAUGUGGUGGUGGCGCAAGACGGCUCCGGCAACUAUAAGACGGUGAGUGAGGCUGUUGCGGCGGCUGGAAAACGGUCGGGGAGUGGGAGGUUUGUGAUUCAUGUGAAACAAGGGACCUAUAGGGAGAAUGUGAAUAUCGCGGCGAAGAAUAUAAUGUUGUUGGGGGAUGGUAUCGGUAAGACUAUUAUCACCGGAAGCAGGAGCGUCGGAGGAGGCUCCACCACCUUCAAAUCAGCCACAGUUGCUGCUGUGGGAGACGGAUUCAUUGCUCGUGGCAUUACCUUCAGGAACACUGCCGGGGCCCAAAACCACCAGGCCGUGGCCUUUCGCUCCGGGUCGGACCUCUCUGUAUUUUACCAAUGCAGCUUCGAGGGCUAUCAAGAUACUCUCUACGUACACUCCGAGAGACAAUUCUACAGGGAAUGUGACAUAUACGGCACGGUUGAUUUCAUUUUUGGCAACGCAGCCGUGGUAUUCCAGAACUGUAACAUAUACCCAAGAAACCCACCCAACAAGACCAAUACCCUGACCGCUCAGGGUCGGACCGACCCGAACCAAAACACCGGGAUCUCCAUCCACAACUGCCGGGUCACAGCUGCUCCGGAUCUCAGACCCGUUCAGGGCUCCGUGAAGACGUACUUGGGCAGGCCGUGGCAAAAGUACUCCCGCACUGUUUUCAUGAAGACCUUCCUGGAUAGCUUGAUCAACCCGGCGGGUUGGAUGCCGUGGAGCGGGAACUUCGCGCUGGAUACUUUGUACUACGGGGAGUACGCGAAUACGGGUCCCGGGUCAUCGACAGCGAACCGGGUCAAGUGGAAGGGGUACCACGUUAUUACAAGCGCGUCUGAAGCAUCAAGGUUUACGCCUGGGAGUUUCAUUGCUGCGAAUUCUUGGAUUCCUGCCACCAAUGUGCCCUUUACUUCUGGUCUUUAAUUUCUUUUUUUUUUUUUUUCUGGGUUUGAUUUUGAUUGAGCUUACUUUGAUUUAGUCAAUUAUCUUUAAUUAUCAUUAAAUAAAAAAAUUAGCGGGGACCAUGCGUCUUCAGUGUAAUAUCCAUAUUGUAAAAGAAUGAUUGUCAAGUGUAUCUUAAAUUAAUAGAAAUUUCAUUUUCUUUCACAAUUGUAUUAUUA